ACAUAUGGAGAUUCCAAUAUAUAAUUGGGCCGACUGUUGAGUUCAAAGUGUAUUCUGACUUCUGAUACGAUGAUAUAAAAAAUGGAGUGAUAAUAAUUUAAUAAUUCUGUCGAUCAGCAGAGAAUCUUGUUCUCCUUCGAACCCAGAAAUCCCCUUUUCUCCAAUUAGGUUAUGGAGACAACUAAACAAUACAGCAGAAAGCGCCGGAAGCAAAAUGCAAUCCCAAUCGACAGACUCAGCGAGUUGCCGGACUCAGUCCUCUGUCACAUUCUGUCAUUCCUCUCAACUCAGGAAUCCGUCGCCACCACUAUUUUAGCCAAAUCAUGGAGGUAUCUCUGGACCUUCGUCCCCAAUUUAAUUUUCCACUUCGAGGAUUCAGACACCAUAAAUAGGGUUUUAUUGCUGCGUAAAUUGCAAAAGAUCAAUACUUUUCGCCUCAAUUAUGGGGUUGACUGCAACGCCUAUCAAGUCGAUACAUGGAUUACAUUUGCCGUCGAGCGCAAUGUGGAAAACGUCGACAUUUAUCUUAGUUUUCAUGUCGAUUUGCCUCGUUGCCUCUUCACCUGCGAAACCCUAGUCGAUUUGAGUCUCGAGAAUUGCGGCCUCGUCCCCGAUAUAGGUAGUGCCAUUUGUUUGCCUCACCUGAAGAAGCUUCAUCUAAUGUAUGUUGGAUAUGAGGGCGAAGAGUCCCUCUCGCACAUUGUUUCCGGAUGUCCGGUGCUCGAGGAGUUGCUUGUCCAAUUGUACGUCGAGUAUUCUUCUUGUAGAAUAUCAUCACCCACAAUCAAAAGGCUCAUGGUCAAUUAUCUUUUUGAAGGUGAGAGAUACGACAACCGUGACUACAACAAGAUGGAGAUAGAUACACCCGCCGUUGUUUAUCUCCAGUUGCUUGAUUGCACGAAGCAGUAUAUCAAAUGUGGGGCGUUGACCUCCUUAACCGAAGCAGAUAUCGAAAUUUUCAAUAGUAUCAAGCCACAAGACGGGUUUCCUUAUUCUCGAUCCGUGGUGGGAUUUUUUGAUAGGCUUUGUAAUGUCGAGUGCCUAAAAUUAGAUUUAUCGCGUUGUACUGAGAUUAUCGACUCGGUACUCUCUGCAUGGACUAUAAGUUUUCAUAACUUAGCGAAACUCGAAUUGAGUUCUGAUUGUUGUUUUCUUUUGAAGUUUCUUGAAAAUGCUGAUAAUCUUGAAAUCCUUAUUCUCCGGGAGGUUCAUGAAGAAAUGAAAGGCUGGAUGGAGCCCCAACGAGUGCCCGCGUGCCUAUUAUCACGUCUUAGAAUUAUAAAGCUUGCUGGCAUCAAAGGUAAGAAGCACGAGUUUGAAAUUAUAAGAUAUCUUUUGAGGAAUGCUAAAGUCUUGGAGAGGGUGGAAGUAGUAUAUCCGAGUUCCCGUAAUUCUGUCGAGAAGAUGUUUAUGAUGUAUAAGCUCAAGGAAAUCUUAUUGUUUGAACGAGGAUCGAAGGCAUGUGAAGUUGUUGUUUCUAAAUUCUAAUUAGUAAAGUGUAGCUGCAUUAAUCAUAAGUUAUACAGUCUUGAUGUCUAUAUUGCAUGACCUGCAAAUUCAAAAUCUUUGCUUUGAAUUUUUGUUACUAUUUUGCAAUACAAUCUCUGUACUGGGUUUUGAA